GGACAUACCACUUUUCUAUUGGGUAGUAGAGUAUCUGUGAAUGCUGACGGAUCUGAAUUGGUGAUGGCUUGAAACAUCCAUGGACGCACUUCACUGGUGUGAAUUGGAAAGACGGCCAAAUAGUAUACAGCCGACGCCUACUGACGCUGGUACUAGUCACAUCGGUGACUUGGGUGGAUCGAAUACAGCAGCAUAUCCAUGGAACGUUGGAAGUGCUCAUGUGCAACAUCCAGUCGGUUCGUAAGCUAACAGCAUACGUUACACCACGAUUGCGAUAGUCCCUUCUGGAAAGUACUGCCAGGUAGAGGAUAGAAGCGACCAGAUUGGCUGACUUAUCAGUGCAAUCUGUCUGAAGUCGCAAGACUUUCUCCGUUUGACAAUUGUACUGGAUACGUUCUGAUCGCUGGAGCUGUGAAUCACUUUGCUAUGCUCAUGGUUCCCACCAGAAGCGACGACAUUUCCGUUGAGGAGAUACUG